AUGGGUUUCGUCGGCGACACGGUGGAGUCGAUCCGAUCGAUUCAGGUCCGCCACGUGCUCUCGCAGAUCAUCAGCCUCGGUAUGAUUGUGACCUCGGCAUUGAUCAUAUGGAAAGGAUUGAUAGUCGUGACGGGGAGCGAGUCCCCGGUGGUAGUGGUUCUUUCUGGUAGCAUGGAACCUGGAUUUAAAAGGGGUGAUAUCCUGUUUUUGCACAUGAGCAAAGGUCCUAUCCGCACAGGAGAAAUAGUAGUUUUUAACAUCGAUGGCCGUGAAAUUCCAAUUGUUCACCGUGUAAUUAAGGUCCAUGAACGUCAGGACACUGCAGAAGUUGACAUCCUCACAAAAGGUGACAAUAAUUUUGGGGAUGAUCGACUUUUAUAUGCACACGGUCAGCUUUGGCUACAUCAGCAUCACAUUAUGGGACGUGCUGUAGGCUUUCUUCCAUAUGUCGGCUGGGUUACAAUUGUCAUGACUGAGAAGCCAUUUAUUAAGGUGACUGAUCCAGUUGGCGACUUCAGUGGAGUUGACAUCGUUCCUUAUAUUCAGAUUGGUGAUCCAUUAGGACUGAACAUGCCUUCUGGUGUUAGAACUGCAUGCGUUUUUCAGUUGUCAGUUGUCAAAGCUGGAGCACACUUUUUGAGACCUUGA